CCAAUCCAUUAUGAGUGUUACAUCGUGUGAGUAAAGAUAGACGGAGAAAAUCUGCUUAAGUGUAAAUGUCUUUAACAAAAUGAGAAUGUUUUUAAAAUUUCGCGCGCCAACGUUACAUUAACAACUAACAAGGGUGUUCUUGAAAGAAUGUUUGGCGCCAUCUCUGCACCAUGUGUUCAUAGACAGUCGUGUGAAUAUUGUCUGCAAUUCAGUAAAACAUCUCGGGUUGAAACUGUUGUGUUGUUGUUAAAUAAAUUUAAGAAGUUGGUUGUCAUUUACCAAUAAUACAAUGUCUGCUCCGGAAGUUAACAAUUCAUUGAAAGAAGCUUCCCUUGAAACUUUGCGUAGUAUUUUGUCAGCUAAUCAAGAAGUAAGAAAAGCCGGGGAGAGCCAAGUUCAAGCUUUGGAGGUUACAGAAGGAUUUGGAAUUUACCUUACUGAAAUCAUUUUGGAUAUUAAAUAUCAAUUGCCUAUCAGACAGUUAGCAACAGUUCUUUUGAAACAGUACAUUGACUGUCAUUGGUGGAAGCUCUGUGAAGAGAAAUUUCGUCCCCCAGAAACAUUACCAGAAGCAAAGUCUUUGAUACGUGACCUUCUACCGAGAGCUCUUUCAGAUUCCAAUAGUAAAAUUCGUUCUGGAGCUGCCCAUGCAAUUUCAACCAUUGCACAGUGGGAUUGGCCAGAAGAAUGGCCAACCUUGUUUACUACUUUAAUGAUCUACCUGACACAGGGAAGUCAAGACAGUCUGCAAGGAUCUAUGUGUGUCCUCCUGGAAAUCACUCAUAAUGUUGAUGACAAGCAGAUGCCCCAGGUAGUCCCAGUGAUUCUUCCUGAGGUUUACAAGAUUUUCUCUGAGAGUACACGAUAUAGUGUGAGAAUGCGUUCCCAAGCAAUCCAAAUAUUUACUAAUCUAACAGAGGCAGUAUGUACAGCCGGUGAGUAUAAUAAAGGCCUAGUAAAGGAACUCCUUGGACCCUCUCUCCUGCCAUUUACUGAAGCUCUCGUGAAACAUCUACAAGAACCUGAUGGCCCGACAAGUGACGUCGGGCUCAAAACAUCAAUUGUCAAAGCGCUCACUGUACUUGUAAAGCACGUACCAAAACAGCUAUCACAAUGGUUAUUACAAAUCCUUCCAACAGUAUGGAACACAUUGACGCAUUCCGCUCAGGUUUACGUUGCCUGCGUUGUUAAUGAAACAGAGGAAUCCGAUGAGCAAGUUGAUCUGGAUGGAGAAGUUAUCAGCUUCGAAAACUUGGUUUCUAGCAUCUUCGAAUUUGUUCAUGCCCUCGUCGAAACCCCUCGCUUCCGCAGUGCUGUACGGGAUGGAAUCAGUCAAAUAAUUUACUAUAUUAUCCUGUUCAUGCAAAUAACAGAAGAGCAAGUCGCGACCUGGACAGCUAGCCCAGACCGCUUUGUUGAGGACGAAAGUGAAGAUUCCUUUUCAUAUUCCGUUCGGCUUGCCGCGCAAGAUGUUCUACUCGCUCUGCGACAAGAAUUCGAGGAUGAAGCUUGCUCCGGUCUAUGUGAAGCCGUGACGCGUCACCUACAGGAGGCCGAAGUAAUGCAUACUCAGGGCAGCAAUAACUUUUGGUGGAAAGUGGUUGAAGCAUCUUUACUUUCUCUUGGCGUCGUAAAAGAUCUUCUCGAAUCUCAGCAAAAGGAAAACCAAUUGCCUUUGGAUAUAGUGGUUAUUCUUCAGAGCAGCUUAGAUCAGCAUAAUCGCAUGGCCGCGUCACCUUUUCUGUUGGGUCGUUGCCUGUGGGCAGCUAGCCGGUUCGCGAAUUUCUUACCCGCAACAUUACUUAAUCGGUACAUACAGGCAACCGUCGAAGCUUUGCAGCCCCAUCAGAAUGUCAUUCUUCGUAUCACUGCUGUUCGAGCUGUGUGGGGAUUUUGCGAGCACUUGAAAGAAUCACAGAAUACUGCUAUAUUGACGCCGAUGCUACCCAUGAUCACCGAGUCUUUGCUGAAUUUGGCUAUUUUAUUUAGCCACGAAGUACUCAGCUUGGUUCUCGAAACCCUUGCCAUGGUUUUGGCUGUCGAUAAAAACUUUACCGCGACAUGUGAGUCCAAGGUUUGUCCGCUUACCAUCGCCCUUUUCCUAAAGCACAACUCAGACCCUGUAAUUGUUGAACUUGCUCAAGACAUUUUCCGUGAGCUCUCACAGAACGAAGCUUGCCUAGGACCCCUUCAACAUAGAUUAGUCCCUACGUUGGUCUCUAUUCUUCAAUCACCACCAGACAAGGUGCCGUCAGGAUUACAUGGGGUAGCAUUAGAUGUCGUGGAGACUCUUGUUCGAGCCUCGAAACCGCCAUUAAGUGAUGCUUUGAUGCAAACCUUUCCUUGCGCCGUACGCUCUGCUCUGACGUCGGAUGACCCAACUAUCGUUCAGAAUGGAGGGGAAUGUUUGCGAGCUUUUGUGUCAGUUUCACCCGAUCAAGUGGCUGCCUAUCGGGACUCUGAGGGACACACGGGUCUCUACUUCAUCAUUCAGGUCGUCCUAAAUCUAUUGAACCCUACGGUUAACGAAUCGAGUUCGGCGUUUGUUGGCCGACUCGUCAGCACUUUAUUUAAUCGUGCGGGAAGUCAUUUGGGCGACAGUGUCGAUUUGAUUUUAAGGGGUGUUUUAAGUAAACUCCAAGGAUCUUCAUCGCUUGUGGCUGCGCAGUCACUAAUUAUGGUUUAUGCACAUUUAAUCCAUGCCCAAAUGGAAGCUGUGCUAGACUUCCUGUCAUCCGUACCAGGACCCAAAGGUCAAUCAGCUCUUCAUUUCGUCUUACACCAAUGGUGUUCGAGGCAGCACGUAUUUUCCGGUGCUUAUGAGACUAAAGUCAGUUCUAUAGCACUUGCGAAACUGUUGCAUCACGGUGUAACGACGAACGACAGUCGAAUCACCGAAAUUACAAUUACAGUUGAAGAUGACAGCGAUCUUACCGAUGGUGAUGGUUGCAUCCGAACUCGCUCCCAGCGGGGAGCUCUUCAGUACCGUGUCAAAGAGAUUUCCAUCCUUGUCAAAAUUUUGAAACUCCUUAUCUACGAACUUUCCAAUUGCCUGGAAUCUGCGAUGGCAUUCGCGGACGAUGACGACGAUAACGAUACAGACGGAGAACAGAGCGUGGAAGGCAUGCGUGAAAAUGCAGGUGCAUUGUUAUCCACCCAGUUACUAAAUGAUGAAGAUAAGUUGGAUGAUUUGAAGGAUGAUGAUGAUCCAGACGCACAACAUGAUCCCAACUCAGUAAUUAAUUUGCAGCAGUAUCUAACCGAAUUCCUGCGCUCUUUUAGUAGCCAGAGUUACUUUCCAUCUGGAUUCCUCCCGCAUCUUAAUAGUCAAGAGAAACAGGUUUUGAACUUGAUUGGUAUUCAUCAGCUUUGAAGUGUAUUUUCACAAACUAAAAUUUAUGGGACAAUCUAUGGUAAAUCAAUUGUGGAUGUUUAUCAUGAGCUUGUAAAUACAAUGCCAUCAAAAGGA